AUGGCACUGGAGAUGCAGAAGCGAGGAGGAGGAGAAAGAUCCCUGUCUCCGCCACCUCCUGCCUCCCAGCUCUCUCUGUACCUGGGCCUCUCUCCUUUCUCUCUGCUCGCUCCGCUCUCUUCGAUCUCGCCGCUUGCUCUAAUUGCCGCCUCAGUCCUGCUGCGCUUCAGUCGACACAGAAAAACUCUCACAGCAGGAGAGAAAUUCAUCCUCCGUGCUCAGACACGAGAACCACGUCUGUCCUGCAGUCACUCACCAAAUCUCUUAAACCCUAAGAUCUAA